AUGCACGCCUCUCUACUUGCCGACUCAGAAGUGCCCGAUGGAGGUUACGGAUGGGUAGUUGUGUUCUCCGGCGCAGUCAUCACGUGGUGGUUUGUCGGCGCUGCUUACACCUGGGGCGUGAUGCAAGCUGCGCUCGUCGAGCAGAAGAAGUAUCCCCCGGCCACACUCGCAUUCGUCGGAUCUCUUGUCCCUGCUAUGAUUGCGAUACUUGCUAUUCCAAAUGCCACGCUUAUUAGGAAGCUGGGCGCCAGAACAACAGGGCUUACUGGCAUCUUCUUGUUGGGGUUGGGUAGUAUUCUAGCCGGUUUUGCAGUCGACAGUAUUCUGGGCCUUUUUAUGACUUGGGGUUUAAUUUGCGGAAUAGGAACGAGCCUUUGCUUCAUGACUGCAUCCAUCACGCCAGCGCAGUACUUCAAGGCUAAACGCGGCGUAGCCAAUGGUAUAGUCUACGCUGGUGGCGGCCUCGGAGGUACCGCUAUGUCCUUCAUUCUCAACGCCCUCAUCAAAAACGUCGGCAUCCCCUGGGCCUUUCGCAUCUUCGGCUUCAUGAUCCUAAGUACCGGCCUACCCGCCGCCUGGCUCAUGAAAGAACGCGUGCCCAUCCGCAAGACCCAGUUCGUAGAGUGGAAGCUCUUCAAAGACGUCAGGUUCCUCCUCGUCUUCGCCGUUGGCGUCAUCGGCACAUUCCCGCUUUUCGUGCCUCCCUUUUUCCUCCCACUGUACAGCAACUCGCUCGGCCUCUCCUCCGCCGCCGGCGCUGGUCUCCUCGCGGCUUUCAACUUCUGCUCUGCGAUUGGGCGUCUGGGAUCAGGGUUUGCGUGCGAUAAGUUGGGCAGCUUGACGACACUUUUCCUGACGCUUCUGCUGAGCGCGCUGAGCCUGAUGGUGAUGUGGCCGCUUUCAAGCUCGCUGGGGCCACUGGUGGCAUUUGUGAUUAUCAACGGGAUGGCUAAUGGGGGGUUCUUUUCUACGAUGCCGACAGUGGUGGGGAAUGUUUUUGGCUCUGCGAGAGUUGGCGUUGCCAUGGGGAUGAUUGUCAGUGGGUGGAUUGGGGGUUAUCUUAUGGGAGCACCAAUCGCUGGCUACAUCCUUGACGCAGCCGGCGGCGAGAACGCAGGAAUUGGUCCCUAUCGGCCCGCGAUCUUCUACGCUGGUAGUAUGGCGAUUAUUGCGACUGUUCUUUCUGCCAUUGUUAGACUGAGGGUGGAUCGAAGCUUCAAGAAAAUGGUGUAA